AUGUCUCUGUUCCAAGGUUACGAAACAGAUUUUAAGCUGGCCCAUUCGGAGGCCCAGCAGAAAUUGUCCCAGAUAUACGGCCUCACCGACCAGGAUAAGCGCGUGGACCUGAUGCGGGAGGUCGAGAAGCUCAUAGACGACGGAUAUGACUUAAUUGACUCGAUGUCCUUGGAGGUGCAACAGCUCGCCACCCACCAACGCUCGUCGUACAACGCAAAGACAAGAACGUACAAGCAGGACCUCGAACGGCUCAAGGCAGACCUCAAGUCGCUCAUGGACGAUAACGACAGAGUCAACCUGCUGGGAGUCAGCAGCCAGGACGACUACAAUCAGCGACAGAAAUUGCUCAAUUCCCACUCCUCGAUCGAUAGGUCCACACAGCGGCUCAAUGACGCCACAAGAACGGCUCUCGACACGGAAAACGUCGGCACAAGCAUCCUCGACAACCUAAGGUCCCAGAGAGACCAGAUCCUCAACGCCAGAGAAACCCUGACAGAGGCAGACACCUACGUGGACAGAUCGCUCGCUACUCUGAAAACCAUGACCCGCAGACUCGCAACCAACAAAAUGAUCACCUAUGGAAUCAUCGCCGUGCUCAUCAUGCUGAUCUUCCUGACCCUUAUCAGCAAAUUCAGUUGA